UGUGGGUGGAGGGAGUGAAAAAAAAAGUGAGUGAAUGGGCUUUUUAUUUUGAAGGACCUCGCCGGAAGAUGUGUCUUAUUGCAGCCUUGUAGUGAAACGUUAAUGUAACGGACUACUUGGUCACUUGCUCUGUUACUUGGACUCAGUCAUGUCAAACAACAGCGCCGCCAACAGCAGUCUAGCCCUCGCCCAGAAGGCAGUGAAACAGCUUCGUCUGGAGGCCAGUGUCCGUCGGAUAAAGGUAUCUCAGGCUGCUGCAGAACUGAAGACUUUCUGUUUGCAAAAUGCCCACAAAGACCCUCUCCUCACCGGGGUGCCCUCCAGUGAUAACCCAUUCAGGCCUCCAAAGUCAUGUGUCCUCCUCUGAGGGCUGUGAAGGAGUGCAGAACACUCAGCAGCAGACGCCUGAUCAUUCCGAUGUGGAUUUCUGUCAUGUGCCCCACUGCCUCUGAAGAUAAAGAAGCCAAGAACACACACACACACACACACACACACACACACACACACACACACACACACACAGAUGGAUUGUCACUGGAGCAGCUAAAGAAUGAUGCUGACUAUUUCAGCUGAAAGUGUACUAAAAGUUGCGCCUAUUGAUACAGGAUGUGUGAUUCUGUGUGUUGUUCAGGGGUCAGAGCUCUGUGCUAUGGUAGCCUUACACAAGAGUUUUUGGUUUUUAUGACCAUAUUCCUUAUUUUGACCACUUGCUAAUACCUGCUUUUACAGUAGAACUGCACUUUUUACAGUGGUUGUUACUGGAUGACAAAAAUCCUGGAGUUGAUUACUAAAAGAAUCCUGUGAAAGUCACAUCGGCAGACACCAGAGUCUUAUCUGAUGGUUUCUAUUUAUGAACAUCACCCAAAGCAGAUUUUUGAAAAAUGGAUUCCAUGUGUUUUUUUUCUUUUGUACAUGUUUAUAAUACAGAUCCAAUGUUUGCCAUGUGUGAGAAAAAACACAAAAUAAAAACAAAAUUUGGUCUUUCACUCCACCAGACACUGCUUUGGGAUUUCUGUACCUGAGCAAGAUACAGAAAUAUUGUUCCCUGUCAUUUAUUUUGGAGAAACAUUUAACCUUUAAAUAUCUGUAACCAUUCAUUUUGUACUCGCUCGACAAAUGUCAUUCUGGUAGAGAAAGGAGGAAGUAUGGAAACCUGAUUGUGUCCAGUUCAUACAGUUAAAAAAUCUCUCAUGUGCAGUGUUAUUAUUCACCAUUAAAAAGUGACCAUGUG